ACCCUUUACGAGGUCAGCGUGAAAAUCAAAAAGAUAAUGGGAUCGUUGAACCUUGUUUGCCCGAUGUGCUGUGGCGAAACGUUUAACAAUCCACAGUCGUUAAAGUACCAUUUAUUAAGCAUGACGGACAACCUAUACUGUCCUGGUUGUUCGCAGCGAUCCGACUCGGUAAUGGCACUCAUUCAGCAUUUGGAUCGGUGUGGACAGAGUGUUGAAUCUGAUGAUGUACCACCUGAGCCCAAGCAUGAACCUGGACAAGAGGCUCAACAGGAGUCUGAACCGGACACAGAGGUGCUAAUGGAUGCAAAUGUUGAGGGGAUAGAUCAAAGUUUCCUAGCAACGGUAAAUGACAGUGGAAUCAUGAUAGUUGGAGGGCCUCAAACUAUACAAGUUGACGAAAAUGGAGAUAUCAAAGUCGUAGAAAAGAUGGACACUGAAGAGGCAGAGAUGGAGCAAAAUCCUUUGGAAUUUAAAAUGGAAAAAGUUCCUACUAGCAAAGCAGAAGAAAAACCUUUGUCCCAAGACCAACUAGUUACAAUUUCCACUUCAAAAACAGAUGAUAAAUGCAGCAAUAAAAAUGUAAUUACUAUUUUACCUGAUGGCUCUGAACUGCUUGAUGGUGACACCAAUGCUCUGAUAAAUAUGGAUCACAUAAAUGAUGUAGGUGAAUUAGACGAAGAUGGGCUAUUACAUGUGAAGCAAGAACUUUGCGAGAUAGAACCGGAAGCAGUUUACAGUUGCACUAGUUGCGACAUGAGUUUCAAUUCUGUUGUGGAACACAUAAAACAGUUUCACGACGGACAAGAAGUAUUACUUGAAAUAGCUGAUCAGUUAGAUGAUAUACCAGCUGUACCUGCAGCUAGUACCUUACCUUCAGAAUCAGGAGGAAGCGUGGUUAAUACUCGCCAGAGACAGAGUAUGAAUACACUUCGUACAGAAGAAUGCGUAGACAGUGAAGGAAGAUUGUAUACAAGGAAAGUAGUACAAAUAGAAAGGUUCUGGGAUAGAAGUCCGGCUCAAACAUCGCUUCAAUCGGCCAAGGCACCAAUGAUUGAAAAAUUUUUUUCCAAUGUGGAAGGAGUAAAGGUACGCGAAAAGAGAUUGGAAGCAACUCCAAUGAGAAUGUAUAGAUGUAAUCAGUGCCUUCAGCAGUUCUCGAAAUUAGGAAAUUUUCGAGUACACGCGUGUCUCCAUGGCAAUAAUCGUUGCGACAGUUGUGAUCAAACAUUUGCAACACCCAAAGCGUUGCAACUACACGCGAAGGUACACGAGGGUGAACCUGAUCCAAAUCAAAAAACUUUCAUAUGUGAAACCUGUGGUACGGAGUUUUGUUCCCAUAAAAGUUUGCGUUUGCAUUCUCGAAUGCACGCUCCGGUGAGAGCAAGACACGUUGACGCACCUGAAGGGACGCCUAGUGGAACAUUUACAUGCCCCGAGUGUGGUAAAACAUUAGCGGAAUCGUAUAAAGAGGCGCAUAUGGCAUUGCACUCCGGUGAUUCUGUAACUUGCACAGUUUGCAAUAGAAAAUUUGAUUCUGCUGAUAGUUUAGCAAUGCAUGCUGCGGUACACACGGAACUUAGCCAACCACAUUCACCAACACCACCUGCCAUGGACACUGCAAGUAGUGAACCUUCAGAAAAUCAGAAACCGUAUCAAUGCCAGCAUUGUGGUCGAAGAUUUACAAGACCUCACGAGAAAGUAAAACAUGAACGUAUUCAUACAGGAGAGAAACCUCAUGCUUGCGAGGUUUGCGGUAAAACUUUCCGUGUAUCUUACUGUUUGACGUUACACAUGAGAACUCAUACCGGCGUCAGACCGUACGGAUGUCAACAUUGCGGCAAAAGAUUUAAAGCUUCUUCGGUGUAUAAUCAUCAUUUACUUACGCAUGGAGAAGAACGCGCGUACACGUGCCCGUAUUGCCCGAAAACAUUUAAAACACGCGUUCAACUUGCGGGACACAAGAACAGCCAUACUAAACCAUUUCGUUGCACCGAAUGUUCCCGGCCAUUUGCUUCAUUAUAUGCCGCGCGUGCUCAUAUACAAACGCAUAAAAAGGACAACAAUUUGAAGUUCAGUUGUUAUAUAUGCGGUGCAUCAUAUGGUAGAGCGUUCGCAUUAAAAGAUCAUUUGAAACAACAUGGUCAGGAUGUGCUAGCUCCACCUGAGCCAGCGAGGGAAGAGGAAAUUCCAGAAGGAGAAGAGUUUUUACUAGCUGAAGAAGAAGUUGAAGAUGACGAGUUGGUUAUACCAUCGCCUUUACCGGUUGCACAAUCCUCAGAAGCUGACGACACGGAAUGAGACUAUAAAAGCUAGUCAAAUGUUUGUUAUAAAUUAUACUUCAAUAUUGUUCACCCCGACGGGAAAAAAAAGAUAACGGAUAGGCUUCUAUUUUAUGUAGUGUUCAAAGACUAUCUGCAAAAGUUUCUAUUCAUGCAUUGAAUAGUAAGAAAUUUUAGUUUUUACGGACAAAUAAUAUUCUGAUAAGAACUGCUGCUGUGACUAGAAAUGAUAGUAUUUGUUUGUAAAUAACUUAUUAUAAAUUUUGUAUAUCCUCAUCGGUAAUGUGUGGAUAGGUAAUAUUACGUAUGAAUAGCAAUUGUAUUAUGAUAGACUGGUUUUACCGUGUUUGUUUAAUAUAUUGAAGUAAA